AUAACAACUUCUAAAAGACAUCGAAUUAUCGUCUAGAAUAUAGAUCUAUCAUUUUUGAAUUUGAAAAUAUACAAAUCAACCAACUAACGUUUUAAUGCGCUGGAGAUAUUAUUUUUCAAAGUAUUAAUCAGAAGAAAAACUCAGGAAUGGCUCUAGGCAUGUCAAUCCCUAAUAGAAUUUGUAAAUGUAUUGAUAAAUUAUGGGUGAAAGAAGAACUUUGUGACUUUACAGUUCAAAUCAACGACCUUUCCAUAAAAUGCCAUCGCUUCAUUCUUGGAGCGUGUUCGCCAUUUUUUCUUGGUCUUCUGAGAUCUGGAAUGAAAGAAGCCAACGAGGGACGUGUAGUUCUACAAAAUAUAUCAGUCUCUACCUUUCAGUUAAUCCUGAAAACUUUGUACACCGGUGAAGACGUGUUGAGUCUUGACAACUUCAUAGAAAUCUGGCACGCUGUGGAUAUGCUACAGAUUGAAUUUCUUGUAGAGUUAUGUGAAACAUUUGCCACUAAAAACAUAAAACUUGAAAAUUUCAGUGAAAUCUUCUCCACUGCCAACCUCUUUAAUUCUAAAUUAGUGCUGUCGUCGGUUAAAGCAUUCCUGAUCCAGAACAUUAAAGCUAUUUACACAUCUAAACUUUAUUUAGAAUUAUCGUUUGAUGAAAUGUGUUUUAUAAUUAGCAGUCAUGGUCUUCAUUUCAACAGCGAAGAUCCUGUACUAGAGAUGGUUCUAAACUGGGCUGAAUACAAACAUGGUGCUAAAGGUUCUGAAGUGGUAAACAAAUUCACUCGUAACCAUAAAAAGUUCAAAACAAUAGAGCCUGUUCAUAGUUUACAUAAUGUUAGCAUGGAAUUUUUACAGCAUAACAGUUUAGAAGUCGAAUCUGCCUUCGUUACUGAAUCUACUGAUUGUGAAAACAAGCCAAUAGAUGUAACUCACAAUGACAACGAAUCAAAUCGAUCAGAGAGUGAAGAUUCAGUACAAACGGAUAGUUUGUGUUGUAACUCAAAAACCAUUUCUUCAGAAAAUCUUAGUACUGAUAGAUUUGAUACAAUUUCUCAUUGCAGCUCAAAUCCCCCUUUUUCCGAAAAUCUUAGCUCUGAUAGAUUUGAUGAACUCAACAUCUUACUGCGUCAAGUACGAACUUGUAUUAUAAGCCCAAGUUUACUAACGAAUGUUUUAAAACAUCGUCUCAUUAAACGUAACGAUAAUGCAUGUCAGAUAAUCCUCUCAGCUGUUGUAAAGCGCAUGUCUUUUCGACAUGGGCAAUGGCCUUCAUCAGGUAUCUACAGACAGUUUCACAAAUACGGGAGCUUUUGUGUCACUUAUAUGAACGGUACUGGGAAAUUCUUGUUGAUCGAUCCGCUUGAUGAAAAAAGGUACACUCUAACGUCGUGUCCCCGAUUAUGUCGCAACAUCCAGCUAGUUGCUUUUGACAAGGAGCUCUACGCUACUGGAGGACAAUUUGUCAAUCAGAUUACAAGUGACAUAUUUGUUUACAGGGAUAAAUCAUGGACACAUGUAGUAGAGAUCACAGGAACAAGUAUAUUACUAGCAAGCAAUGGACAAUACAUAUAUGUUACAAAUGUAUCUAAACAUGUAAUAUAUCAACAUAACCCGAAAUGUAAUUCUCCCAUGGUUAAAUUCACAGAUCUACCAGCUGCGUGUUUUGCAACACAUGUUAUGAGCUACCACAUGUAUCUUCUGUUCUUCAAUGGUUUCAAAGAAACAGAAAUCCAUAUGUUAGACCUUCAGGACAAACGUUGGACAAGACUGGACAAUCUCGAUGGACCAGCUAAAAACAUCAUCAGUUUUCGUAACGACGACAACCACUUUGUGCUACAAACAAACGGCAACUUGUGGGUUUUGAAAGAAACGGGUGAAAACAUCAGAUUCACUCGUGUCGCAAAACUGUGGAAUUUAGACCAAGUUCUGUACGGAGCUGUCGUUUACGGUGAUAAAUUGGUCAUCUUUUACAAAUAUCUAGAACACUGGCCGAAAGACACAUUUGUUCAUAAACUUGACAAUGUUUUUCAUUCAGUUAGUUAUUAUAAAUUAUCAUCUCCCUGUUCAAAACUGAUUCCUGUUGUUCUGCCAAAAUCUAGUCUUUUAAAAAUUUUACAUAAAUGGGAUGUCUAGAAUGAAGAUUAUUGUUUUAUACGUGCAUCACAAUUCAGUAAUAUUGUUCAGCUAUUACAAACCCGUAGCUAAAUAGCGCAUGCAAUUUUAAUAUUAAGGCACAAGUUCAAUACGAAACCAUCAUGUUAAAUAAUAUGACCAUGCACACAGUUUUACACCUUUUAUAUGAACUGGAUAUAUAAAGUUCUCAUGUUUAAAAAUCUCAACGGAUAACAUAAAAGAAGUUACUAUUUACAUCAAAAGAGACUAGCAAUGUAAUAAACGAAAAAUGAAGGACACGGAAGAAUGGUAUCUAAGUGAAUAAUUGAUGUAUAUGGUAACGCUACAUACAAUAAUAUUUAAAGUUUUUCUACUAACAUACAUUUUUAAAUUAAAUAAGUUGACUUCAUUUACAACAUUAAAAAGAAAGUGGUGUUCAUCAAA